AUGCUCCUGACAUCCGUCGUUGCCGGCUUCCUAGCCACUGCCGCCUCAGCGGCCUCCAUCCCUCGUCAAGCCGAGCCCUCGUCCUGGAGCAUCAGCGACUUCUACGCAGGCAGCUCCCGCUUCAGCGUCAUCACCACGUAUAGGUUCGAUAUCACCGACGGCAACUCCUCCGCCUACUGCGUCUCGCAAGUCUCAACCCAGCCCGAGAUCGGGUAUGCACCACUUACGGAGUGCAGCGACCCGACCUACUCGUUUUCCUUCGGCUCGGGCUCCAACACCGAGGAGCCUGGCUACAACCUGCAGAUCUGGCAGGGCAACCCGGAGGACACUAGCUGCGGGGCGCCGUCGACCAACUGUGUUUACACGGGGAUUCGGUUCUUCCCGGCGAGUGACGUCGAGACGGUUGUUGACCCGAGUGGAAACCCGUUUGCCAACUACGAUCGGUUGAAUGCGCCAGCUGAGUUCACAGUUUCCCGUACUGGGGUGCACAUUUGA